CAGACAGGUGGAGGAGACGUCCUUAAGCAGCUGAACCGCACCGUGGUUGGACUUGGGGACUGGGCUGGGCUGCGGGACGAGCGGCGGUGGACGCUGUGCACGCUCGGUGCGCGGAUCCUCCUGCGGCUGCUGGAUUCACAAUAUGAUACCAAACCCAAAACAUGCUUUGGCUUGGCUGAUUCUCCCCAUCCUGCGCCUCCUCACACAUGCUGGACACUUAAACGUGAACGCGGGGAGGACGAGGGAUGUAGUUGGGAUGGAUAAAUGAGGAAUACGCAUGGACAUUAUUUCCCCCCCCGAGAAUAAUUGUUUAUAAUAACCAUCGCUCGCCUGCUUUGGCAAUGGAGAACCAAGCAGCCGAGCCGCAGAACUAUGAAGAUGUACAGAAAAGCGGGUAUCUCCGCAAGCAUAAAUCAAUGCACCGGCGAUUUUUCGUGCUGAGGGCGGCCUCGGAGCAUGGUCCCGCUCGACUUGAGUACUACGAGAACGAGAAGAAAUUCCGCAGUAAAUCACCUGUGCCCAAAAAAGUCCUGAACCUGGAGACUUGCUUCAACAUCAACAAGCGGGCAGAUUCGAAGAACAAGCACAUGAUAGUGCUUUAUACCCGCAGCGAGAGCUUUGCCAUCGCCGCAGACAGCGAGGAGGUCCAAAAUGAGUGGUACCAAGCAAUGCUGGACCUCCAGGGCAACUGUAAAACCCCUGAAGACUAUGGAAGCAGUGGAGAGUGUAGCUCUCCAUCUCCUGUUCCAACCUUCAAGGAAGUGUGGCAGGUCAAGGUUUGGCCUAAAGGUCUUGGACAUGCCAGGAAUUUAGUAGGCAUCUACCGGCUGUGCCUAACUGACAAGACAGUCAACUUUGUCAAGCUCAACUCUGAUGUGGCCUCUGUAGUGUUGCAGCUGAUGAAUGUCCGCAGAUGUGGUCAUUCAGAGAAUUUUUUCUUCAUUGAGGUGGGGCGCUCAGCAAUUACCGGCCCCGGAGAGUUCUGGAUGCAGGUGGAUGACUCCGUGGUGGCUCAGAACAUGCACGAGACCCUGCUGGAGGCCAUGAAGGCCCUUAGUGAGGAGUUCCGUCAGCGCAGUAAAUCUCAGUCUGUGGGAACAUCAUGUGGAGGUGGUACUGCUUCAAAUCCUAUCAGUGUCCCAAGCCGUCGUCAUCACCCAAAUCUGCCACCGAGCCAGGUGGGUUUCUCGAGACGGGCACGCACGGAGACCCCUGGAACAGGAGGCAGCAGCACGAGCACAUCACCUACAUCGCGCCACGGGUUUCCAAGGGCGCGAACAGCCAGCAUCGGAGCCAGGUCAGAGGAGAGUGGAGCAAGUGCCAAAGGGACGUGGGCCAGCUCCAGCCCAAGUCUCAAUGGAUCCUGCUCAACUACCCCAACGCUGAGACCCAAGCCCACCCGGGCCCCAACCCCUGCUAAGAUUACCCUCAGCCUUGCACGUUACACACCUAACCCUGCUCCUUCCCCUGCGCCGAGUCUGUCCUCCAGCUCUGGUCAUGGCUCAGAGUGCGGACUAGUCGGGGCAGCGGUGGGAGGCAUGACGAUCUGCUCCUACCCUCGUGUAUCACAAAGAGUUUCUGUUUCAGGUUCACCGAGCGACUAUGGAUCCUCAGAUGAGUACGGCUCCAGUCCCGGCGAGCACUCUCUGCUCCUGUCAGGACAUCACGUACACGGAGAAGGCUCCUCCAGCUAUAUCGUCAUGGGACAGCGAGAGAGUCUGCUUGGUUCCCAUCAUCGCUCCAAAGGCAGACGGAUACUGCGCCGUUCAUCCAGUCGUGAAUCAGAGGCAGAACGCAGACUGCUCAGUAAGAGGGCUUCCCUGCCUUUGGCGUCCCAUGAGCGGCUGACUCCACAUAGAAAAGAUGAAGAUGAUGAGGAGGAUGAAGAAUACGCCAUCAUGUCGCAGAGCGCUAACAGACAGCGAGCUGAUUUGCACCAUGAUUCAGGCAGACUGAGAGUUGGGGGUGGGCAACUUGAUGUAGUAGGGGAGAAUAGGAAGAGGUCUGACAAAAGCGGGGGAGAAGUGGACAGAGGAGCAGCUGUGGAUAGUGGCUACAUGUCAAUGUUGCCUGGAGUGACGUCUCCUCCUGUUUCACUUUCUCUCUCAAUAGGUAUUUCUGACGCCGGUGCUAAACCCGGGGCAGAUGACGAAUACAUGGCCAUGACCCCCAACAACAGUGUGUCCCCCCCUCAGCAUAUCCGCCAGCCCAGUUCUGAGGGCUACAUGGUCAUGUCUCCCAAUAGCAGCAGCUCCACAGACCUGCAUGGACUAGGCAUGUGGGAUAGCAGGGGCAACAUGGAGAGCCGGGCUGCCAGUGACUACAUGAACAUCUCACCAGUCAGCAGCCGCUCUGCUUGCAGCACACCGCCUUCCCAUCCUGAGCAGCACCAACUUCAACCAAAAAUGUUCAACUCCUACUUCUCACUGCCACGAGCUUAUCAACACACUCUCUAUACUCGCUUUGAGGACGACUUGAACAAAGGAGAAGGAAAAAAAGAAGGCAGUGGGCACGAUAGUGCUGGACGGGGAGGAGGAGUUGGAUAUAGCAAGAGAAACAAAAUUGCAAUGGGCGCUGCUGGAAGCUGCCAACUUUCCAUGUCUUCCUCUUCUUUCUCCUCCAGCUCUGCCAGCAGUGAAAGCCUCGAAGACAAGUCCAUAUCAGCGGGGAGAGGGUUAAGUUUAUUAAGAACCGGAGCAGAAUACAAGAGUGCAGGAACAAGCACGAAAGACGGGCGUCACCAUCAAAAACGUGCAUCGAGCAGUAAGAGUCCAAAGCAGCAAAGACGUGGUCGUCCCCUCAGCGUGUCUUCAGACAUUACUAAAGCAAACACGCUGCCCAGGGUUAAAGAGAAUCUGCCGCCAUCAGUGUCUCAGAAUGUUGGUGAGUAUGUCAGUAUUGUCUUCAAGGAAGACAGUAAAUAUGGCGAAGGACGAUGUGCAGGUUCCGAACGUCCUGUGAUCCACGGAACGCUCCGACCCGUGAAUCAACCGCUCCUCUGCCAUGAUAAUCCUGCUAACCUUCCCCGCAGCUUCUCUGCACCAUUGUCCACCUCUGCUGAGUACGUCAGCAUGGAUUUAGGGAAAUCCUCAACACCAGUGACUCAUGUUAGAUCCACAUUCAGCACCCAACAGGGCCCACCAGCUGUUGCCCCCAAGGCCCGACACGAGCACGGCACGUCCUCUCCUCUGGCCGCAGAGGGCAACCUGGGCUACAGAACAAAAAUAAAGACAGCAGCAGCGCUGACAGAAGUCCCGCCUCCAUUUACGGACAGCAAAGCCUCAGAUCCCAGCACUUCAGCACGACCUGCCAUCCACUCUGGUCAACCCUUACCUGUGGAGCAGGAGACAGGUUUGGGCUUUUCCCCAGUGAAGUCCUUCCAGUCUCCGGAGCGGAGCAGCAGACUGGUCCGAGGUGACCAGCAGGGACGCCUAAGCCACUGCCCAGAGACAUUUAAUUCACCCCCCUCAUUACCACGCCACGCAUCCUCUUCUACCUCCCUCUUCCCAGAGGGCAGCCAGGCAGCGAGCCAUCGGCAUGGUUUGGACUGCUCACUGUGGGAGAGCGGGCAGGCUGCUAGUAUGUCUGCCACACCUCCACCUCAAGCCUCCACCUCAUCUGGAGAACAAGGCCUUAAUUAUAUUGACCUUGACUUGGCCAUUAAGGAGAGCCCUCAAGCUGGAGUGGAGCACACCUCUUCUGCCUACAACAUGGGAGGAAGUGCUAUGGGUAGCAGUGCUGGCUCCAGCCUCAACACUUACGCCAGUAUUGAUUUCUAUAAAUCGGAAGAAUUGAGAGCACACCAGAACAGUAGAAAAGAUGGUCAAGACUGUUGAUCUCCAUCUUCGUCUUGGAUCUUAGAGUGACAGUCCGUCAGGGGACGGGUGGCAGCCCGAUCUGUUGCCACAACAGAACUGUACACUGGAGUCUGAACACUGAAACCCUGGAAAACUCAUCUCCAUCCCGUCUGCUGUUUUCUGUCAACCAAAUGUGUGCCAAACACACCACACACACACAGACACACACAUAUACACAACACACAGUCACAGGGUAAGGAAAAAAUGUCUUUUUUUUAAACCUUGUUUUUAAUAAUAAAAAAAAGAACAUCUGAUCAUCAUUUAACUUCAUAUAGAUAAAGGAUGACAGUUAGGUGUGUAAUGGUGUGAGCUCACAGGUGGCCAUUAUGACAUUCAUGGACAGCCUGUUCUUCUUUUUGCCUACUUGAUCUAUAUUGUCAUGUUACUAACGCUCGUAUUUCAAAAACACUUUCAGGGAAUCUCAAAAAUGUCCUUAUUUGCUUUUAAUUGAUGUUUGAGCCAGUCUAUUGGAAUCUUGUGUCUCAAGAUUUCAAGUGGCAGCUGCUAUAAUGUAACAAUCUCAGCUGAGUUUUAAUGAGUGUUAAUUAUUGGAUCCUGUGGUUUUUGCCUUUGUAUCACUAUUUAUGCUACACCAUCCUUUGUCCAUGUAAGUUAAAGGAUCAUCAAACUGAGAAGGAAAACGCAGUUUGGCAGAGGGCUCAUACACGUACACGCCCUGCCACUGUAAAUGUAUUUGAUUUAUCAUACACAGUUGCAAAAAAAAAGGCUUUACACUUAUUGAUCGCUGGUUUUGUGCUACCGAAGGACUUCAAAAUGUG